AUGGCUGACGACGAAUACAACGCCGAGGAGGCUGCCGAGAUCAAGAAGAGAAGAGCGUUCCGCAAGUUCUCUUACCGCGGAAUUGACCUUGAGGCUCUCCUUGACCUCGACUCCGAGCAGCUCCGCGAUGUCGUCCACGCCCGUGCCCGCAGGCGCAUCAACCGCGGUCUCAAGCGCCGCCCCAUGGGCUUGAUCAAGAAGCUCCGCAAGGCCAAGCAGGAGGCCAAGCCCAACGAGAAGCCCGACCUCGUCAAGACCCACCUCCGUGACAUGAUCGUCGUCCCCGAGAUGAUUGGCAGCGUCAUUGGUAUCUACUCCGGCAAGGAGUUCAACCAGGUUGAGAUCAAGCCUGAGAUGGUUGGCCACUACCUGGCUGAGUUCUCUAUCUCUUACAAGCCUGUCAAGCACGGUAGACCCGGUAUCGGUGCUACUCACUCUUCUCGUUUCAUUCCUCUCAAGUAA